CCAAGAUCUAUUUUUACAAAUACUGUUGAGAGGGUCCCUCAAUUCAUGAUUGAGAAUAUUACUAGUAAUACCAAUGCCGAUUUGGUUGCCUGCUUAAUUAAUUAAGAUACAAUGUAGAGUAAACUCAUUUGAACUGGUGAACCUAUAAACAUGCAGGUUAUCAAGGCUGACAACAUUGAUGUGGCUGUUGAAGGAAUUCUCAAUGAACUCAAUAGAAGUAGACAGAACGACAUCUACUUUGAUGGCUGGGAUGGGCUGGGGGCAUCUGCCGUCCUGCGAGCCGUGGCUCAGCGCCUGGCAUUAAAGGAACGGACCACGCCUCUAGGAUUGGAGUUUGAUCAGAUCAUCCACAUCGACUGCUCAAAGUGGGAGAACACAAGAGCGGUGCAGAGAGAAAUCGCAGAGCAGCUGAAGCUUCCCACCCGGGUGAUGGAUAUGUUCGACAAGCAAGACGAGGAAGAUGAUUUCGAUGGGAUUACUGAUCAAGGCUCCCGCACUGAGAUAGUCGAUGUUGCGGUAGAGAUUCAGAGGAGCAUUCAAGGUCGGAGAUUUCUGUUGAUUUUUCACAAUGGAAGCAACGAGGAGGUUGACAUAUCUCGCCUUGGCCUUCCUGUAUACGGGUAUUUGACCAACAAGGUGGUAUGGACAUUCCAAGGGAGGUUCCGGAUGAUGGACCCCAAGAUGAGAGAUGAGGUCGUGAAGAAGAACACAACAGAUGUUCUUCUCUCAGUUCCACGCUCUGAGCAAGAUCCACAACAUCUCUGGUCCUAUCUAGUGCACGAAGAGUCUAUACAAGUUGCAUGCAAGCAUGGCGUUGAUCCUACAAUAGUUACUGAAUGCUUCUUAUAUAUGUUGACACUACAUUGCACCGGUCGACGUGUAGUUGACAUUGAAUAUGAUUUGGCUACUCGUGCCUGCAACUAUUGGAUAUGUGAUGUGAUCAUACAGAAAAUCACAGAUAUUUGUGAAGCAUGGCAAGUCGGUGAAGCUCUGCAAGAUGAGAUCCGACUGGAUCUGGACUAUCACCACAAAGAAUUGCCCUCUCACUUGCUAACGUAUGCUGAUAACAUACCACACUGGACUUCACCAGCUCAUGGAUUUGUACUGGUCCCACCUGGAGUCGUUCCUAGGGGAAUGUUCCAACACUUUGACAAGCUUGGUGUGUUAAAACUCUCAAGGUGUAGCUUCAUCUUUUCGUCACCUCCAUUUCAAUGUUGCCAUAGCCUUAGAUUUCUAUGGCUUGACCACUGCCAAGACCUAAAAAGCACAGAUGCAGAAGACGGGGAACAAGAUGAGGACACUAGUAGGUCAUGGUCAUGUUUCCAAGGCUUGUACGUGCUUGACCUGCGCUACACAGAUUGUAAUUGGAUCUUGUCUUCGCGGAUGUUGGAUCUCAUGACCCAGCUCAGGGAGCUAAAUGUGAUGGGAGCCAAGAACUUGGACGGCAUGAGCCAUCUACGGGGACGACUGCGCAACGUUCGCAUUCUUCGGAUAACAAAGUCCUCCUUGCGCUCCGACCAUGUGUUUGUUGACAUGGAGAGCGUGGAGCUGCUUGAUUUUUCGGGAAAUACAAUUACAAGAUUAUAUGGGACAUCAACCAACAGUAAACUCAAGACUGUCAUUGUUUCUGGAUGUGACGACUUAGAAAUUAUCUCUUUCAAGGGUUGCAAAGAAUUGAUGAACCUGUUCAUGGAAGGAUCAUCGUUCGUGCGCCUCCAGGAGAUGAACCUCUCCGGCACAAGAGUAAAAAUCCUUGACCUCACCAUGCUCUUCAUUAGCUUCAGGCCAACCUCCAAGCAAAUCAUCCUACUCGAGAAGCUACGUACAAUCAUGUGGCCACAGGAUUUACGGGGCGAUCCUGGGCUGGAUGUUCUGCAGAUUGACACCACCUCAGCAUCGGCAUCAGCUAGCGGACGCGAUGUAGAACAUGCACAUCCACAUGGUGACCAAUCACUCCAACAGCAGAAAGAAAAAAUCUUCUGGGCUGGAUGGCAGAUUUCUCUUGCGGAUACAAGGCUCCUUAGGUCCUUUAUCCAGUAAGAAAUUUGAUAUACUUAGAACCCUUUCAUAUUGAUAUCUUUAGUGCAUCUACCGUUGGUCAUAGCAACGUCCAGGGAACAAACAACUACAAAUUAGUUACAAGUCCCACAAUGGUAUCGAAGUACAAAGAUGUGCUGAAGGGCGACCCCCAGUUGCAACAAUAAUGAUUUGGCACUGCCCCAAGAUUCCCCUAAAUCUACAGUCAGCAAAGAGAUGUAUCAUAAAGGUGAUCAUGCACGGGCCGGGCAACAAGCUUUUAGAGGAUGCUCUAGAUGCUAGUACCAGUUUAUUGCCUGAUUUUAUAUGUGACAUGGCUAGCUCACUGCACGUGUAUGAUAACUCGUACAUCGCUAGUAUCCCUGCACCAGGAUGGGAAAAUCUAAGAUGGUGCCGGGUCGAGAGGUGCCCUAAGGUGCACACUGUCUUCAAUGAUUCCCAAGGCAUUAAUGCGUCCUGUUUUAGGAAUCUGGAGACACUAUGGAUAUCCCAGCUUCUCACAGCACGCUACAUUCUGGAUCGGGCAUGUUCCCUUUCGUACCUGAAGUUCUUACACCUGGAUUGCUACCCCAUGUUGUUGCAUGUGCUCCCAGCCAACCAUUUAUACCCUUUUUGUUUGGAGACCCUUGAGAUAGUGUACUGUGGUGAUCUGAGGGAGGUCUUCCCUUUGAGCCUUAAGCUUCAAGAGUAUGACAAAGUUACAAAAUUACCUGAUCUGAGGAACAUCCACUUGCAUGAGCUCCCCAGUUUGCAGCGCAUCUGUGGGCGUAGGAUGUCUGCGCGUAACCUCGAGACCAUCAAGAUCAGGGGCUGCUGGAGCCUCAAGCGUCUGCCGGCCAUAGGACCCAACACCAAGCCACCGAAGGUGGACUGCGAGAAGGAAUAGUGGGACAACCUGGAGUGGGACGGGCUGGAGGAGAACCACCACCCUUCUCUCUAUCAGCUGAGCCACUCACUCUACCACAAAGCCCAGCUGCCAAGAGUAAGCAUACUAAGGUAAUCCAUUCCUUCCGUGAAUUGAUCUUCAGGUUCUUCAACCGACAUGCUUGUACGUUCACUCAUGUAGUGCUACCUACAUAAUCGAAGCUUCUUUCCCAUGUGCUGCUUGCCUGGCUUCAUGUUUGAUUGGUUUGCGGGUUCUCUACAUCUGCAUUGCCAUGCAUGGUGUGGCGAUGAACUUCCAGUUUGGCGUGGUUUUGUUUGGCUUGAUUUGAUUGUGUUUGAUCUUCCUUGCUCCAUACAUCGAAGUACUGGUCAUCUGGUUGCAUAUAUGAUGAUACAAGCUCUCGGGCAAAUGGGAAAUAAAACAGAGUGGGCAUUCAUCUUAUGCAGCAUGAGCCCCUGUGUGC